AUGUCCAUCAUCCAAGAGGCUCCCCUGGGCCAACUCAUCUACUGGAUUUCCAAGGGCAAAUUAUUCGCUUACCCAGAGGAUGAGCCCGGCUUUCGGAUUCCUUGGGAGAGCGCAGAGACCACUGAAAAGGAUGCUGACCUUGAAACCACACCCGAAGCUCCAGACGAAUCGAGCUCUGCCAAAGAACAACCCCUCGACGAAUCUGCUAAGCCCCCUAUCCAUUCGUACCCAACAGGAAUUUCGAACGCUUCCACGAUCCAAUCUAUAGAAGCCAAUUCCGGCCUCGAAAAGACACAAACCACGUCCCGUUCGCUGACACGCGAGCAAACAGCGCCCUGGUCACCAGAACGAUUCGAGAUCGAGCAGUCCGAAAGCCUACAGCGGGAACAGAGCAGGGUCAUCAUGCCGCAGAAGACUCCAGAUGAAAUCGUUCUUGUAGACUGGUACACAACAGACGAUCCAGCCAACCCUCAGAAUUGGAACAGCUGGAAAAAAGCUUUCGUUGGCUUGCAGAUAUUCCUGUACACAUUCGUUGUUUACUGUGCCAGCGCCAUCUACACUCCUUCCCAAGAAGGAGUCAUGAGACGAUUCGGUGUGAGCUACGCCGAAGGAAGCAUGGGGUUGAGUAUAUAUGUCAUCGGCUACGGUUUAGGCCCGAUGAUCUUUUCUCCACUCUCUGAGAUCCCCGUUGUUGGGCGAAACCUGCCGUAUAUCAUAAGUUUUGGGCUCUUCGUUAUUCUUUGCAUUCCCACUGCAUUAGCAGACAGCUACGCAUCACUUCUAGUUCUUCGAUUCCUAACGGGGUUCAUGGGUAGUCCCGCGCUCGCCACAGGGGGAGCGACGAUGCAAGAUAUGUAUGGUCUACUCAAGCUUCCCUACGCUCUGACCGCAUGGGUUGCAUCGGCGUUCUGUGCUCCCGCACUCGGACCUCUAUUGUCGGGCUUUGCUGUUAUGGCCAAGGGCUGGCGAUGGAGUCUCUGGGAGGCCCUCUGGAUGUCCGGGCCCGUCUUCAUCUUCAUGUUCAUUUCAAUGCCGGAAACAUCCGCCGCGAAUAUCCUGCUCCGACGCGCUAAACGAUUGCGCAAGCUGACAGGGCGCGACGAUCUGAGAAGCCAGAGCGAGAUCGACCAAGGCAACACCACCCUAGGAAAGAUCAUUGCAGACCAGAUGAUCAAGCCAGCUGAAAUUUUCCUGCGCGACCCCGCCGUUUUCUUCACCAAUGUAUACACAUCGCUCAUAUAUGGCAUUUACUACUCCUAUUUCGAAGCAUUCCCUCUCGUGUACAUUGGGAUCUAUGGAUUUAACAUUGGACAGCUUGGAGUGGUCUUCGUCUGCAUCAUCGUCGGCUGCAUAAUUGGUAGUGCUAUCUACUGUAGCUACGUCUAUUUCUACCUCGAGCCCGAUAUCAGAAAGAAUGGGCUUCGCCCUCAAGAACACCGCCUUGUCCCGGCACUGUUCGCCUCAAUGCUGCUUCCAGCAGGCAUGUUCUGGUUUGGCUGGACUUCUAGGGAAUCCAUCCACUGGAUCGUUAGUAUCAUCGGCUUGACCAUAUUUGCAAUUGGCGCCUUCAUUUUACUACAAUGCAUCUUUAUGUAUCUGCCACUCACAUACCCUCGUUACGCGGCGUCACUGUUUGCUGCAAACGAUUUCUGCCGCUCAGCAUUAGCCGCUGGCUCCAUAAUUUAUGGUCAUCCACUCUAUGUCAAUCUAGGCAUUGGUCCAGGUAUCAGCUUGCUAGCUGGCUUAUUGUGUGGCGGAGUUGCCGGCAUCUGGGCGCUUUGGUACUAUGGUGCCGCUCUCAGAGCACGCAGUCGCUUUGCGAUCUAG